AUGACUAUUGAUGUUGAACAGACACCAUUGGAGGAUACCAUCAAUGCUUCAAAUUUCGCUAAGCAAUCUGAGGGAUCUAAAGAAUUCAGCCUAGAUAACACUCUUCAGUACACCAGCAAUCUACAGCAAUCUGGUUCAGCACCAGCUGAUUCGAUAAACAUUGCUGCUGAACAGACUCCGCUUGAGGAGGCUGCAGUAACUUCAUUUUUGGCUAAGGAGAAGCCUCAAGGAAAUUCAAGCUAUGAUAGUCCAAUGAAGGACAGUGUAAACCAAACUCGUAGUGUUAGCUUAACUGAAGUGGCUGCUAUGUGUAAUGAUGACGAUUCUAGUAUGGAUGAAGUGGGUUCUCAUUCUUCCUUGGUUACAAUUGGUGGAUAUAAGAUUAAGCAAGCAUCAGUACCUCUUCUUGAAGCCAUUUUCCAAAAUUAUGGAGAUAUUGCUGCAAACUGUACUCUAGUGAGUACUCAGGGUCGCUCGCGAUUUUUGGAGGACGUUUGUGAGAUUGUGAAAACAUUGCAAGAUCCUAACUUCUUAAAGAUCACUCAAGAAGAGAUCCAAAGCAAGUUUGAUUAUGUCUGUGACCUUUUGAACCUUAACAUUCAAGUUUGGUGGCUUCAAAAGAGGCUUGCAGAUAUCCUUGAGGCAAAGCAGUUUGUGAAGCAAUCUUCCACUUUGAAAUGGGAGAAAGAUAAACAAAUGGAAAUGAUCAGUGAGAAGGAGAGAGAGUUGAAGUUAUAUGAAGAAAAAAUCAGCAUGAUCAAGGAAGAGCUAGCUGCAGCAAAUGCUAAGGCUGAUGGGAUCAAUGAUAGAUACUGUUUGGCAAAACGAAAAGUCAUAAUGAUUUAUGAAAGCUUAUUGGUGGAUGGUCUGGUAUAA